AUGAUGGCGACUGCAGGACCUUCAGGUUCCUCCACCUUCCUGCCUCUGUUGGAGACUCUGGAGGACGGCACAGCAGGACAGUCCGAGCAGAUCGAUGCCUACCUUACCAUCGCCAAUCGCCUCAGUGGAGAGGAGGGCCGCCAGUUUCUCCCAGCGGUGGAAAAAGAUUUUUCUCGGUUCGGUAAAGCCAUCAUGGUGCACCUGAACGGCGUGAGCCCGGAGCUGAGCCAGGCCGCUCUUCAAGCUUUAGGCUUCUGCGUGUAUCAUUCUCACGUCGUCGCCGGAGUCUCCGAGACCUUUGCUGCUCAGAUUCUGUCCACACUUUGCUCCUUGGUGAUGACGUCAGCUGAUAAGAACACCUGCACCAGAGCAUUGUGGGUCAUCUCCAAGCAGAACUUUCCUCCUCAAGUGGUCUCCAAAAGUGUGCCGACUGUGCUUGGUGCUCUUCAGAGUGUGUGGAACAGAGAGGACCUCCAGUCUGCAGUGAUGGAACAUGAAGCUCUGAACGUGGUCAUCAGGAUGUUGGAACAGGUUCCAGCUCAGAUGGGUGGUGAGGCGGUGGCGUGGGCCAAGCUGGUGGUCCCGCUGGUGGUCCACUCUGCUACCAAGGUGCGUCUGCGUGCAGCAGCAGCCUUGGAGAUGGGCGUUCCUCUGCUCCUCACCAAACAGGCCGAGGUGGCCGCAGUCAUCGAACCUCUCAUGUCCUCGAAACUGAUCCCAGAGCUGCAGAAGCUCUUCAUGUCCAAGAACGAGACGAACGUCUUGAAGCUGUGGUCGUUGUUCGUCAAGCUGCUCGGGAAGCUGCUCCACAGGGGGGGUCCCUUCAUCAACUCCCUGCUUCAUCUGGAGGAACUGGGCUUCCGCAGCUCCUCCCCCACCAUCAAGAAGAUCGCCUUCAUCGCCUGGAAGAGUCUCAUUGAUAACUUUGCCCUCAACCCAGACAUCCUGUGCAGCGCCAAGCGUAUCAAGCUCAUCAUGCAGCCGCUCAUGUCCAUCCAUGUCCGGACCGAGGCCCUGCUGCUGACCAAGGUGGAGGUGUGGUGGUACCUGGUGGUGCAGCUGGGACACAACCUGUUCUCCAACUUUGAUCAGGUCUCUGUGCCUCUGCUCCAGGCCACCAUCGGGUCGGACUCCUCGGUCCCUGGUACUCCGUCUCGAGUCGGUCAAAACGGAGCCGUCUCACCCGGCACACCGAAGUCUGGCAGCUCGUGCCUCAACAGUUCGGCCGGCACCCCUCGGAUGAGCUUGAACUCCAGCGUGCACCUCGCUGCCAGCUUCCCAUCCAUCCAGCUGCUGGGCCUGGAGAUGCUGCUUCACUACCUUCAGGGACCAGAGGUUGUUGCCUCUGCAGCCAAGAACAAGCUUGUUCUGAGUCUGGAGCCCUUAAAGCACCCCCUCCUCUCUGGUUCUGCGUCGUUUCUGAAACAUGCCGCUGUGAUCAUCUCCAGCAUCAAAGAUGGAUUCAUCAGCGUCGGCAGAGCAGCUCCAGAGUCCUUACUGGUCACCAUAUGGACGAGUCUCGUCCGGUUUGUCAACCUGUCCAUAGAGUCUGGCAGCAAGAAGGACCGUCAGGGCUGCGAGGCGCUCACGCUGAUGCUGCAGGCCCUGCAGAGCGUCGACGAGUCAGAAGGUCUGCCAGCAGACAGAGUCCUGGUUCUGCUCCAGGUCACGGUUAAAGGCCUCCCUCAGAGGGUUCUUGGCUCUGCUUCGUAUCAAGUGGGCAAGAUGGACGUGCUGAACGGAACGCCGUCGCUCUUCCUCAUCCUCCUCCUCUUCAACAGCAGCACGCUGCCGGCCUACGUGGAAUCAGAGAGGUUCUUUCAGUCCCUCCAGACGCUCGUGUCCUGCAGCCUUUUGGGCCCCACUUCACCGCUGGCGUUUGCAGAGUCUGUGCUGGGAACCAUCGGUCAGAGUGCCAGGCUGCUGCACAACAAAGAGCACCUGUGGAGGAUGUGGAGCCUCAUGGUCAUCCCGCUCACUGACACCAUCACACAGUCUAAUGAAGUCAACCAGGGCGACGCUCUGGAGCACAACUUCAGUGCAGUCCACGCUGCUCUCAUGUUCCCCAUCACACACCUCCUUGGCGGUGAUGUUCUCCCACAGGCAGCCCAGAAGUCCAUGCUGUCUUCUUGGUCCAAGCUGUACAAGGUGUUUGCUCGCUGCUCAGCUCUUGUGGUCACGGCGGGGGAGAACAUCUGCUGCGAGGAGCUCUGUACAAAGAUUACAGCAGCGGUGGACCAGAAGGAGCUGAUGGUUCCGUCAACGUUAAACUUCAUCGCCAGCAUCCUGCAGGUCAUGGUGGAGUGUGUGGACUUCUCUCCGUACACUCCUCACUUCCAGCAGCAAAUAAAGUCUCCCCACACGCCCAUGAACUGGACACGGAAGCAGAACAGAGCUCUGGGGAACCUGUCCACGUUUCACUCCCAGCUGGUACGGUGUCUGCAGGUCUACCUGGAAGCCCCGGAAGGUUCUCCUGAGGCGACGGGGCUGGCGCUGGUUUCCAUCCUGUCGGCUCUUUUCAACAACCUUGCUCUCGUCGACGCCGUCAAAGAGGCUCUGAAGUUUCUGAUCCAGCCUCUGGCGUUGUUCUACAAACAAGCCACGACGCCCACAUUCUCCGCUCAUCUUCUGGAGAAGCUGGAGAAGCUGCUCGGUGAGAUCCUGGGCUGUCUUCAGACCCGAUCUGCUUUGGCCUACGACGACGAGCUGCUGGCUCUGCUGUCGCCUCUGCUCUGCGUCUUGUUUCCUCACAAGAACAAGCACCUGCGCUCGUCGGUCACGCAGUUCUGGAACGCCACGUUCACCAACGCCGUCAGCCUGUCGUACCCCGAGGAGAUGAGGCCUGUUCUGAGCCAAGUGGUUCAGAAGACUCCCCUCGUCCUUCCUGGUUUUGAGGCGGUCGGCGUUCCAGAGGAGCUCAGUGGAACGUGUUCAAAUGAAAGCUCUCAGAUGGAGACGCAGCUCAGCGGGAUGCCCCUUUCUUCUUCUGGGAAGAAGAGUUCGCUGCUGGACGGUGCCGCUGAGACCGCCAGGAGCUUCAUCAAGACGCCCAAGCCAGUAUCGACAAAGCUGGACUUUGGUUCUCCCAAACCACCGAGCAGGAAGUUUUUGGAGGACGAAGCUUCGGUGGACUUCGUCUUCAUUCCUCCUGAGACGAAGGAGCGGGUUCUGACCGAGCACCAGAAGGAGGUGAAACGAACCAAAAGGGUUGACAUUCCUGCCAUGUACAACAACCUGGACGCUUCUCUGGACACGACCACCUUCACUCAGUACACACAGAGCCAGGAGGACUCCCUGCUUGGACCUAACAGAGACUGUGUCCACAGGGACGAGGCUUCAGCUGGACACGAGGACGCCACGGAGCGUCCUGAGGAGACUCCAGACCCUGAACACAAGACUCCAGACCCUGAACCCAAGACUCAAGACCCUGAACCCAAGACUCAAGACCCUGAACCCAAGACUCAAGACCCUGAACCCAAGACUCAAGACCCUGAAUCCAAGACUCAAGAUCUCGAACCUGUUGAAAAAAUGGUAGAUGGCCAGCCUCAGGAGGAAAUUGUUCCAGACUUUACAAAUGUUUCCAAAGAAGGUUGUACAGACUGUGAUGAGAAGGAUGGUGCAGACACUGAGUCAAAAGAUGACUCCAAUGCUGACACAUCCACCUCCCCAGAUUUGGUUUCUGGGACUCCACAAAAACCCAACAGCCGGCGCCAGUCUUUCAUCACUUUGGAGAAAUAUGGUGAGGGAAAGCCUGCUACCCCUAGCAGUGUGUCCUCUUUUACAGGUCCUCUUGAAAAGAUCUCCAACAGUCCAAAUCAUUGUAACAACACCACCACAUCCACAGAGGCCUCCCUAAAGUCUACGAGUCCAAACUCGCAGGAUCUGGCUCAGAUGGAAAAGGUGAGUCCUCAGUGCUUCAUGAGUGAGUCCCCUCGAAGGCCUAAAGAUUCUAAGACAAAAAGUGAACCAGUAAGACUGAUUGAGAGACUGCCAGGUGACCCGGCAGAGGAUAAAGACAUCAUUCCUGACACACAGACUGGGUACAUUGAAAGUACAACUGUGGCAGAAGAAGUCGAGGGGGAAUCUGAACCAGUGCUGGAUGAGUCUCAGUCCUCUGAGACCCCAGUGUCACCAGAUGAGCCAGGCACAUCCAGAGGCCACAGAGUCAGAGCUCCUGGAGAAGAUUCUGAAAACACACACUUCAAACGUAAACUUCCUGGUAAAGAUAUCAAAAGUGAAUCUCCAAAGACGACGCUUAGCAGACCAAACACAAGAAGCAAACAGGCGGCGGAGGAGAAUCGGGGCAAAAACCGACUUCGCUCAUGGUCUCUGAGCAACUCGCGAGAAAGAAAUCAACCCAGCUCUCGGGGUCGACUUCGUAAGAAAAUCAAAUUCUUCAGUAGAUCAGGGAACUUUCUUGACGAUCCUGAAUCCAAAAGCAGUACCAACACACUUGUGUCCAGCCAGACCAACAGCGGAUCGGAAACCCUUCCUAAUCCUGACUCCCAGAAAAGGCGUGGUCGCCCUCGCAAAAUCUCAAAAGAAACCAAGAACGAAAGUGAAAACGAUUCCGAGUCCAGCCAGGCCUUUGAAGGUCUCUCAGAUUUGAAAAAUGAACAAGAUGCUAAUUCACAAAGUGACUCCCAGAAACUUCUCAUCUUCCCUCAAACUGACGAUCAAUCUCAAGACCCUGAAGUUAAAACGAAUGAAGAGGAGAAGCCAAAAGAAGAGGCCAAAGCUGUUUCAUCUUCACCUCACAGGGAGGGAGAGGUCCAGGAAACAGAUUUUCAGGAAGUCGCACCUCCAGCUGAUGAGUACCAAGAUAACACGAACAAGUUGGAGCGUGAGAAAAGGAAAGAAAAAGAACACCAGACCACAGAGACUUUGGAAGAGGCCUUCAACCAAGACGGCUCUCAGGUAAUACCAUCAUCAUCUUCUGAAGAUCGUCUUAAACUUAGAUCCACACGGAGCCGAGUGUCAUCUGAAGACAACAGUGACAGGACCAUUUCUCUACGACGGCGGAGAAAUUCUCACGCUUUACUGCUUUUUGAUACUCCGGCUGAAGCUGAAACUGGAGGCAGGACCAGAAGGAGCAAAGGGUCAGAAUCCAGUCCUGCCGUCACCCCUGACGGUUCCCAAUCACAAGAGUUUUCUGGAUCAGAGUCGUCCCAAGGUAGAGGCAAGUAUUCAAGACGAAGAGCUUCUCCAGCAGCCACUUUGGAGUCCACGGAGUCUGAAUCCUCUGAAAUCCAGGAACAUUCCCCUAUUCCCAAAAAAAGAGGUAGGAAGCCCAAAGUGUCUCUGCAGAGUCCUCUUUCCCCUAAAUCUGUUGAGGAAACACGUGAUCUGGAAAAGGCUGGUUCUUCUCAAGAGGCUGAUCAGAUGUUGGGUGCAAAGGUUGAAGCCCAAGAUGUUCAGAUACUGCAGCAGGUCAGAGGGGACAUUAAAGACCACAGUGAGACGGAGUCACAAAUGGUGACAGAAACUCAAACCAGAACAGACCCAGAGCCGAGCACCAAGUCUCUGGGCAACACCGAACAAAGCACAUCUAAUCCAGGUGGGGACAGUAGUCCGUCACUGGACAGAGAUGUCUUAGAACCUGUUAGUCUUAGUAGUAAAUCAACCAAGGACUCUUGUUUGUCCACUGAAGACCCUCCGUGGGCACUUAAUGAGAAGCUGGGAGUCACAAAGUUGUCCAAGAAAAAGGUUGAAGAGCUACCAUCAGAAGAAAAAAUGGAGUCCAAUUCAGACCACCAAGAUCUUUCAGAUGCUCCAGAACCAGCUCAAGUGGGACAUUUGCAAAUCCAGAAGUGUGCACAUGGCAAGGAGAAUGAAGACCAGUCCUUAGACCUUCCUUCUGACGGAAGAGCUGAGAAAAACAUUUGUCUUCAAGAGAAUGAUAAUCUCUGUAGAAGUACGGCAAUGGAGAAGGAAAAAGAGGUGACCACCACCAACGUGGACCGUUCAGAUUCUGCCAUAGCUGACUGCAAGCCUUUGGAGCCUUCAGAAGCCAUGAUCCAGGACUCUCCAGUAAAACGGAAAGACCUGGAGGCUGGAACGGGGCCAGAUGUUGGACAAAGUCCCAGCAGUGGACAGACCAAAGGAACAUGGUCUCCUUUAGCUUCCCCUUCAACCAGUAUUCUCAAGAAGGGCCAGAAAAGGCAGAUCGAAGUGGAGAUGACCUCUCCUCUGGCCAAGUCCCGGCGUGUCUCUUUCGCUGAUCCAAUCCAGCAGCAGGAGAUGGCCGAUAACAUCGAUCGCCGCACCUCUAUGAUCUUCAACAACCGUCUUGUUCCAGCAGGUCACGACUCCAGUGAAGUUGAUGAGUCCAAGAAGUCCGCAGGGUUCCAGCAACAGGCGCUCCAAGAAGUGUUUGUGUUGGGCCGUCCUGUGUUGGGCCGUCCUGUGUUGUACGGUCCUGUGUUGUACGGUCCUGUGUUGGACCGUCCUGUGUUGGACCGUCCUGUGUUGGACCGUCCUGUGUUGUACGGUCCUGUGUUGGACCGUCCUGUGUUGGACCGUCCUGUGUUGGACCGUCCUGUGUUGGACCGUCCAGUGUUGGACCUUCCAGUGUUGGACCUUCCAGUGUUGGACCUUCCAGUGUUGGACCGUCCCGUGUUGGACCGUCCCGUGUUGGACCUUCCAGUGUUGGACCUUCCAGUGUUGGACCGUCCUGUGUUGGACCGUCCUGUGUUGGACCGUCCUGUGUUGUACGGUCCUGUGUUGGACCGUCCUGUGUUGGACCGUCCUGUGUUGUACGAUCCUGUGUUGUACGAUCCUGUGUUGGACCGUCCUGUGUUGUACGGUCCUGUGUUGGACCGUCCCGUGUUGGACCGUCCCGUGUUAGACCUUCCAGUGUUGGACCUUCCAGUGUUGGACCGUCCUGUGUUGGACCGUCCUGUGUUGUACGGUCCUGUGUUGGACCGUCCCGUGUUGGACCGUCCCGUGUUGGACCUUCCAGUGUUGGACCGUCCUGUGUUGGACCGUCCUGUGUUGGACCGUCCUGUGUUGGACCGUCCUGUGUUGGACCUUCCAGUGUUGGACCGUCCCGUGUUGGACCGUCCCGUGUUGGACCGUCUCGUGUUGGACCGUCCCGUGUUGGACCGUCCAGUGUUGGGCCCUCCCGUGUUGGACCGUCCAGUGUUGGACCGUCCAGUGUUGGACCGUCCCGUGUUGGACCUUCCCUUGUUGGACCGUCCCGUGUUGGACCGUCCCGUGUUGGACCGUCCAGUGUUGGGCCCUCCCGUGUUGGACCGUCCAGUGUUGGACCGUCCUGUGUUGGACCCGUCCUGUGUUGGACCGUCCUGUGUUGGACCUUCCAGUGUUGGACCGUCCAGUGUUGGACCGUCCAGUGUUGGACCGUCCAGUAUGUCUGAAAUGAUUCAGGAGCCCCGGCCCGUCCCUGCAGACUGCAUCUACCCGGCUCUGGUGGGCUGCCCCGCCCCCGUGGAGGCUGUGCUCACGCAGAUCUCCUCCACGAUGUGGUCUCGAGGCUUCGGGCUCCUCGUUCGCUCCAGAAAGAUCAAAACGGUGGGCGACCUGAGCGCCCUUGCUCCUGCUGACAUCAAGACUUUGCCCAUUCGGUCUCCAAAGAUCUCAAACGUAAAAAAGGCUCUAAAGGUCUACGAACAACAGGGACAGAAGGGGGACAGAGGCUGGAGGGGUCUGUAUGGAGAAACAGGAACGACUGGUCUGUCGAAGGGCAGUAAUGGAGGUGAAGGACUUAAGGGGGAGCGAGGCAUCCCUGGGAGGCUGGGACAGAAGGGCGACCUGGGUCUAAGAGGGGAUGCAGGGUUGAGAGGGGAACGGGGAUCAAGAGGAGAGCCAGGAUCUAGAGGAAACAUGGUGAGCUUAUAG